ACUCGGCAGGUGUCCGACAGGGAGAGCGUAGAUAGUGAAACGGGCCGUGUUGUCUGUCCCACGGGCUUUUCUAUCAGUGUUUGGCGUCUGACAGCGGCGUCGGGAUAUUGUUUGUUUUGUCUGGACACGGUGGGCUCCGCGGGGACGGAACAGUGACAAAAUGGAGAUAGAGAAGGAAGUGAAGAAGAUGACCCUCGGCCAUGAGUUCGGAGCUGGGGCGGCCUGUCUGAAGUGCAAGGACAAGUGUGAAGGCUUUGAGCUGCAUUUCUGGAGAAAAAUCUGUCGUAACUGUAAAUGUGGUGUCAUGGAGCAUGACGUUGAGAUGAAUGCAGAGGAAAACCACAAAGUGGGGAAACUGUUUGAGGAUACCAAAUACACCAGUCUCAUGGCCAAACUAAAGAGAGACGGCAUCCCCAACUACCAGGGCAACAUGGUGACCAUCACACUGCCCAGCGCUGCCACUGCCCACAUCGUCCCUCCUCUUGUCUCCUCCACUGUGGUGCCUCCUGCUGCCGCCACAACUGGCAGCUCUGUACAGCCUCCGGGUCCAUCUGUGUGUGCAGCUCUCACCAGUGGACCAGCUCAGCCGACGGCACCCGUCAUCACACCGGUCAAAGGAAACGCAAAGCCAGUCGCAGUCAGCGCUACAUCAGCCAGCGUGGUGCCAGUCCCCAAAGAUGUGCCAAUGAAGACUGUCACCUAUGAGUGGGUGCCCCCAGUCGCCAAUAAGUAUCUGGCGGUGCAGUACAUUGAGCUGCUGCCUCCAGAGAAACGUCCAGUGGCUGGCACAGAGGGUGCGGCUUACCGGUGGCAGCAGAUGGCCCGACAGCUGCCAGAGCAUGACCAGGACCCUAAUAAGUGCCACGAGCUGAGUCCUGCAGAGGUCAAGAAGAUGCAGCAGUUUGUCCGCAAGUACAAGGAUGAGGCACUGGGCGUGGGAGACAUCAGGCUGCCGGAGGAGAUGGCUCAGAUUCGGGCUGCAGAGCAGGGUAGAACUGGAGGUGUAGGUGUAGGUGUAGAUGGGACUAGGGUUCCUGGGGCUGUAGCUGGAGCCAGGGGUCCUGGGUUUGGAGCUGGAGCCAGUGGUCCUGGGUUUGGAAAUAAUGCUGAGGUUGGGGGUCCUGGGGCUGCAGGUGGAACUUGGGGCCCUGGUGGUGCAGGUGGAGCUGGAGCCGGGGGUCUUGGGGUUGGAGCUGGAGCUGGAGCUGGAGCCAGGGGUCCUGGUGUUGUUGCUGGAGCUGGAGCCAGGGAUCCUGGGGUUGGAGCUGGGGCUGCUUCUGGUCCAGGUGCUGUAGGAUCUGGUGUAGGCUCCAUGGGUGGGGCCAGUCAUAGUGCUGGUUUAGUUCCAGGACAUGGAGGUGGACCCUCUGCUGGUUUUGGACCAGCAGCUGGAGGAGCCAUGGGUACUGCUGCCACUGUUGGAGCCAUGGGGGUCCCUGGAGCUCAGCAAGUUGGACCACAACAAUCUUUUUCAUGCAAUCACUGCCAGGAGCCUAUGCGUCUUGGCAACCCGGCCGUGUAUGCUGAACGAGCCGGAUAUGACAAACUGUGGCACCCGGCCUGCUUCGUAUGCUGCACCUGCAAAGAACUGCUGGUGGACAUGAUCUACUUCUGGAAAAAGGGUAAACUGUACUGUGGACGCCACUAUGGAGACAGCGAGAAGCCACGGUGUGCUGGAUGUGAUGAGCUGAUCUUCUGUAAUGAGUACACUCAGGCUGAGGGUCAGAACUGGCAUCUGAAACACUUCUGCUGUUUUGACUGUGACUGUGUCCUUGCUGGAGAGACGUAUGUCAUGGAGAACGACAAACCUGUCUGCAAGCCCUGCUACAUGAAGAACCAUGCUGUGAAAUGUUCAUCCUGCCAGAAUGUAGUGGAUCCCGAGGCUCAGCGGGUUUCCUACGGCGAGCACCACUGGCACGCUGAGCCACAGUGCUUCAAGUGCUCCGGCUGCUCCAAGUGCCUGAUGGGACAGCGCUUCAUGGCGGUGCAGGCCUUCCUCUUCUGCUCUGUGGAGUGCAAGAAGAUAAAGAUGCCUUAGGUAACUAUACAGGCUGAGACCCAGAGGCAGAGAGAAGGACGGAGGCAAACAAGUUACACAAUUCAGCUCUUUAAUCCAGGAAUUCAGAAGACAGGUCCAAACACAGUCAAACAAUACAAGGCAGGCAAAAGUACAAAGGAGAGAGGCAAAAUCGGAGGUCAAAAUCCAUUCCAAUCCAUAACAGUCCAGAGUCAUAAGAACACAGAAAAGCUUAUGCUGCCUUCAAGUGCUAUGGGUAAGGUGUGGGUACUAGUUACCAACUGAAAAAUUGCACAUGAACACACCCUUACAUCGUAUUUUCCACUGGAGAACUGGGAAAAUAAUUUUGAUACAAGCAGCUGAAAUAAAAAUAUCCUUUGAACUUUUCAACACGGUAGAGAGCAACGAGAGGGAUAGCAGAUGAAAUAACACGUCCAAAACGGUUUUACCCAAGCAGGUCACUAUAAGUUGCAUCAGCCAUUUUUCAUUUCGCCAUAACAACAAAAGCACUUGACCACUGUACACUCAUAAUUUCAAAUUCACAAGUGGAAAGGACCGUCUUCCCAAUAGCACGUGAAGGCAGCAUUAGUACACAGAACAAGCUGGCAAGGGACACGGGGAACACAUGGGGUAUAUAUACAAGUGAUACGAAGACACAGGUGUAAUACAGUAGAUAAUCAGGUGAGACGGGAAUACAAGGGAAGUAAAUGCAACACUUACAAAAACAUAACGGGAAAGAGAAAAACUUCCAAAUAAAAACACAGAACAAUUACACCGCCUCCAUCUUCUCCACAACCAUGUGUGAAGAGCAUCAUGGGCUCAGCCAAGACCAGAACUAGGGCAAGACCAGAACCAGAACCAGGGGUGGAUCUGUUUAUAACAGUGCCUCAACACCAUAACGUAGAAACAGUACCUUUUAGUUCAGGUGCUGCUUCUGUUCUCUGUGCUGCCUUAGGUUUUCUCUGUUGCUUUACUUGCACAGUUUUCCUACAGAUGAGAUUUAUUUUCUAUUCGUCAGAUGAUGUAAACAUUUGUCCAAACAGUAUGAUUAAAUCAACACUGUCUUAUAAUACCUACUGUUGAUUCAAUGUCCCUUUACUACUUUUUUAUUAAAAAAAACAACUACUGUCAGAGUCUGUACUUUGUGCAGAAAUGUGAUGAAGCAAUAUUGGCCAAGUGUGGUGACGAUUUCUGCUCACUGUACAGG